AUGGCGACCGUGGGGAAGGCGAUCGUCACAGGCGUCGCGCUGAUCGCUCUCAUGGUGUUUUACGUCUCCACGUGGGACGUGACACAUGCCGUAAACAAAACCGAGGCAGGCUUCAUGGGCGUGGCGUUCAGGCACGUCGCCGGCGGCAUGGAGCCCCUCCUGGAGGCCAACCGCGCCGCCGUCGCCAUCGCCGGCGCCGCGCAGGAGGACCCCACCACGAGCAACGGAUCAGCACCAGAUUCCAUCUCUCAAGUGAUCAGGACCAAGAUGUUCAUGGCCCUCGCCAUGCAGCCGCAGCUGGCGCAGGUGUCGUACGCCGGCGCCGACGGCGGCGCGUUCGCCUAUUACCGCGACGAGGGCGGCAAGGUGAGGGCGCUGUUCACGGACUCGCACAACAGGUGGAAGUGGAACACCCAGCCUGUGGAUCCGGCGACCGGCGGUCUGGUCGGGACGGCCGCCGCCGCCGCCGCCGCCUCGGGGGGGCUCUACCUGCCCAAGGCGGCCUGGUCCCUCCUCUCCAGCAAGAACGCCUCGCGCGCGUCGCUCGGCGCCGGGUGGGCGCGCCCGGGCGUCCGGAUGCUCUUCUUCUCCGCCCCGGCCGGCGACGCCGGCGUGGUCUCGGCCGCGGUCGCCGUCGAUGACCUCCUCGGCGCCGCCGCCUCCCGCGUCGCCCACCUGGACGACUACCUGGACGUGUACUACGCUGUCAGCGACACGCGCGGCGCGCCGGCGACUGCCGCCUACAAGCCACUUCUGCUCGGCCACCGGCCCGGCCGAUCCGGCGACGACGAGGAAGGGAGAAUGCGCACGUUCUCCAAGGCGAGGUGCGCCGCCGCCGCCAUCGACGCGCCCAGGCUCGGCCGGCUUGUCGCCGCCGGCCACGGGCUAUACAACAAGUACAGAGUCGCGUGCGCGAACUUUGACGUCUCCGGGGUACAACUGGUGUUCCGGCUGGUGCUCCUGUCGCGGCCCGAGGGCGACAUGCUCCGGGCGCUGAGCAUCCCCGUGGUCGUCUUCGCGGGCGCCGCGCUGGCGGUGGCCGCGGCGUCGUGCGUCCUGGCGGUGCGCACGCUGCGGCGGACGGCGGCGCGGGAGGCGGCGCUGAACGCCGACCUGGUCCGGCAGAAGGAGGCGCUGCGGCAGGCGGAGCGCAAGAGCAUGAACAAGAGCAACGCCUUCGUCAGCGCCAGCCACGACAUCCGCUCCGCACUCUCCGCCAUCGCCGGGCUCGUGGAGAUGACGCGGCCGGAGGCGCAGGCGCUCCCCGGCAUCAUGGAGAACCUCGACCAGAUGGCCGUCUGCACCAACAAGCUCUUCGAUAUACUGAACUCGAUUCUGGACACGAGCAAGGUGGAGUCGGGGAAGAUGCAGCUGCAGGAGGCCGAGUUCAGCAUGGCCGACGUCCUGCAGGAGUCCGUGGACAUGGCCAACGUGACGGGCAUCCGGCAGGGGCUCGAGGUGGUCUGGGACCCCUGCGACCUCUCGGUCCUGCGCUGCGCCGCCGUCACCGGCGACUGCAAGCGCCUCAAGCAGAUCCUCGACAACCUGCUCGGCAACGCCCUCAAGUUCACCGACGAGGGGCACGUCGUCCUCCGCGCCUGGGCGAACCGGCCGAUCGCCGGGAGCAGCGUCAGCGCUCCCUCGAGGUUCAAGUGGCCAAUGCGCGGCGGCUCCUUCGGGUGCUUGUUCAGGCCAAGGGAGGACCCUGAUGACCAGGAUCAUGUCCAGAAUGACCCCAAUCUGGUCGAGUUCUACUUUGAGGUGGCUGACACUGGCAUAGGGAUCCCCAAGGAGAAGAGGCUAUCUGUGUUCGAGAACUAUGUUCAGGUGAACGACGGGCAAGGCGGCACCGGCUUGGGGCUCGGAAUCGUGCAGUCCUUUGUUCGUCUGAUGGGAGGAGAGAUCAGCAUCAAGGACAAGGAGCCCGGUGAGAGAGGCACAUGCUUCGCGUUCAACGUGCUUCUGAAGAUGAGCGAGAGGCAGGAACCCCAGGACAUAGAGGAAGGAACAUCAGCGCCGUCAGACCCUCUGAACUGCUCCAAUUUCAGAGCGUCGGUGUUUCAGGAGGACCGCAGCUUCAAGGGCGUCCACUGCGUUCUCCACGUUCGCGGCGGCGAGACCAUGAGGAUCCUGCAGACAUGGAUGGAGAGCGUUGGGGUGAAAGUGUGGCCUGUCCUGCACGCCGAGUUCAUCGCCUCGACGUUGGUGGAGGUGCUGCACAACGGCGCGACCCCUGCUGCAAGGGCGUCGCCGCCGCCUACCACCGACGAGUGGGACGACCGGUGCUUCAGCUCCAAGGAGAUGGUCAGCCAGGUCCUGCCGGCGCUGAGGAACAGCACUGGCCCAAGGAGAGGCAGCAUUGGGGGCCAUCCUUCUGGCAUCCUUCUUGUCAUCGACGUGUCCCGUGGUAGAGCGAAGGACAUUUGCCUGGAGAUGGAGAAGCUUAUCAGGAUCAAGCACCAGGCUCCAUGCAAAACUGUUUUGCUGGACGAUAUCAGGACCCCGUCUGAUGAUCUGAGGAGGUUCAAGGAGCUGAUGAGGUGCGAUCUCGUCCUGCGAAAGCCGGUGCAUGGGUCUCGCCUGUUCACGCUUCUCAUGACCCUGAGAGACCUCCAAGUCUCAGAUGUAGCACAAGCACAGUCUUCUCAAGUUGGUCCUGAGAUUGCUGGGACCAGUCACCAGCAGCAAGAUUUGCCAGAGGUGGUCGUUCAUUGUGCGCAGGAAGCUGCGGCAUCAGCUGAGAGUGAGGCUGCAUACUUGGCUCAGGAACAGAAACCUCAAAAUGAUAAGCCAAUGGCUGGGAUGCAAGUCCUGCUGGCUGAAGACACUUUGGUGCUUCAAACAAUCCAAAAGAAAAUGCUGAGCCAACUGGGUGCAACUGUCAGAGUAGCUCAGGAUGGAGCCGUGGCUGUGAACUUGUUCAAAGAAGCUCUUGAGCAAGCCAGUGUCCCAGAACAGGGCGCAGUGCCCUUGCCAUACCAUGUCAUCUUCAUGGAUUGCCAGAUGCCCAAUAUUGAUGGCUAUGAGGCGACAAAACUCAUCCGUGAGGAAGAACACCGCUACGGGAUUCACACUCCAAUCAUCGCUUUGACUGCUCAUAACAUGGAGGAGGAUCUGCAGAAGGCUAUUGAUGCCGGGAUGGAUCUGCACCUGACAAAGCCGAUAGAACGGAAGAGGAUAGUGGAAGCUGUUUGCCGUGUCUGCAAACGUGAGAAUUGA